UCUAUCAAUCAAGUUUGGAGGUUAGAGUUCCUUGCGUUCCAUGUUUUGGCUUAUGUUUGAAUUUAAACCGGUAUAUUCUGCGCUUUUCUAGUCAUAUUAUGUUUGUUUAGUGUUAAAAAAAUAUCAAUAGAUUAAACGCGCCGACUCAUUUUUGUUUAUAGCAGUUUUGAAAUCACGCUUUGCUGCGUGUAAGCCGCCAACUAUGAAGUCUUGUUCUCUUGCGCAUCAAAAUCACCGUCUCUCAUUUUAAAGCGUUCACUUGCUUUUCACCUCAUCAAAUUAUACAGCGAUUAUUUUUCCAUCAUGGUGAAAGAUUCCAUUGCUACAAAACAAAACAAUGGUACCUCAGAUAUUAAAGUAGAGGUUGUCCAUAUAAAGUCAGAUGUAUACCAGCAAGCAGUUCAGUUUGAAGAGAGGGAAGCCCUCGAAAGAGAUCCAGACAAGGAUUUGGUUCUCUGCCUGGACUCCUGUCAAAAAUUCCGUGAUUUGAUGAAUGAAAUAUUUGCUCUAAAAUGUGAGCCAUCGCAAUCAGCUGAGGAUUCUACGGAUUCUAAAGCCCUCAUCGAAGAGAAAAAAAUAAGCGCAGCACUCCUUUCUGUUAGCUUGAAAAAACUAAACAGACUUGAGAAAAUUCGGACAAAAAAUCUUCGGGAAGAAUUGCAUCAGAAGAAGCAGCUCGUCGACAGUUACGAAUUGCAGCUGCAAAAUUUACUAUAUGAGUUGAUGUAUUUGAAGAAAGAAGUAACCAAAUGUCUUCAGUUCAAAUCCAAGGAUGAAGACAUUGAGCUGAUUCCAGUUGAACAGUUUUAUGCAGAAGCACCCAACAGCGUCAAAGAGGAGGACAUCACAUCCCAAGAUCCACACAAAUUGCGACUGGCUCGAUUACAAUGGGAACUUCUUCAGCGACAGCAGCUAGCCACUAAGUGCAAAGAGCUUCAAGAAGAGAAAGAAAGAGUCACUACAGAAAUCAAAAGAAAACGAUCUCAGCUGGAAAACCUGGCUCCUCUCCUAAAAACUGUGUUAGCUACUGCCAAGCCUGUUUUAGACAACCUUGGCUUAACUGCAGGACAUUCUCUAAAUGAACACCCUCUUGCUUCUGUUCUCCCUCAUCCAUUGUACUUCUUGUAUGUUCAGUCAGUUGCGUUGAAAGAAGUAACUGUUUCAAAAAGAAGAACGGCAUAGCUGGAAGGAUCCAAAACUUGAUAAAAAAGCAGAGCAUUUAAAGAAACUGUUGGCUGAGCAUCCGCUAUCCUUAACCAUCAGCAUACCCAUCAAUGAAAAUGGCUCCAGUAUUUCAAUGAAAUUCAGCUACCUGCUGAAUCUUCGAGUUGUUACAGUGAGAAUUUCAGUACAGAUAUCUGAAUCUAUUCGAGGAAUUUCUGCCAGUGCCCUAUUAAAUCCAUUCAAUAUUCUAUCUGCAUUGUAUCCAGGAGACUAUGGAGAAAUUAGUCCUAAUCCAGCAAAUUUUCAUCAAUUGAAACAGGUAGGUGUUCAAUCGUUUGAUAGAGAAGCUCUAGGCACUCCAUACAACUGGGCUCAGAAAAUUGCAGGACUCGAUUUUGAGGGCUGCACAUCUGUCAAUAAAAUCGAAGCCAAAUGUAGUAUUAGUCAAGAGAACCUUCCCUCUGUGAUGAAAGCCAUUAAACGCAGAUUGAAGUCUCGCAUCGCUCUAUGCAAGCAAAUACAAGAUUUUGAGGUAGGGUGUGUGAUGGUUCCACCACCUCUUAUGGAACAUUUCCCUCCAAAACGCCAGUGUGAGUUGACUCAAUGGAGGCAAAUCGCUUUCUCUGAAUAUGAGGCCCUCGGCUAUACAAAGCAUUUUGUUGAAAAUGCAGUUGUUACCAAGUAUGAUAUCUUCUUCAAAACACUCUUAACCAGGAUCAAUCCAGGAAUAGAUGUCCAACUGUAUGUAGCAGUCGCUGUGAGGGCAAAUUAUCCAGAAGCACCACCUGUCUUUGCCGUUUGCUGCUCUAACGAAAAAAAUUUAAUACCCGAGGAGAUUUAUGCCAGAGGGAAAACAGCAUUAAAUGAUGAAUGUGUCAGGAAUAUGGAAAGAGAAGUGAAUUGCCACUGGAAUGAAGUUGUGCAAGAUCUCAGUGACAGUAAUCGUGCUGCUGUGUUGUUCACUGCUCAAAUGCUGAAACUCAUGUCCUGUUUUGAUGUUAUGAUCGAUGCACUAGCUCCGUCUGCUUCUGGAUCUCGAGAAAAAAUGUACAUGGAACCAUUGAAGGGCCGGGAUCGUGCUUAUCCUCUUCGAUAUGUUCAAAGGAAUGGAGGCAUAUUCAUGCAUCGUUAGUUCCUGUUUUUUCCCAUCAAAUUUGUUUAAUGUCAACUGAAAUGCACAUUAGUUUAAAACCCUUACUUUUCUAGAUGAUCUAUUCUUUCUUUUCCCAAAAAAGAUUUCUGCAAGCUUUUACACCCCUUUAUUAUUAAAUGUUG